UUUAUUUUCAUUUACUGACAAAUAUUUGGUUUUCUCAAAAUACCCGAACCCAAAAAAAUUGCCAAUUAAACAUCAAAAAGGUGUUCCUAUGUAAAUCUAUUGAUUUAUAGAGAACUGAAGGAAGAACAAUGUUGAAGAGUUUGAGUUUGAACUGGGCCUUCAAUUCAAUGGCUUGGAAAGGACUUGUCUACACAGCUUUUAUACUGAAUUUUGUAUUGGUUUGUCAGCAUUUGCUUCUUCAGCCUCUCGUUUCUGCUUUGGAUGAAAAUCUAGGAAAUGCUGCUGAGUUGUUCGAGAGAGUUUCACAGAGUAUAAAAGUGAAGCAUUAUAGUGAGGCACUCAAUGAUCUCAAUGCUGCUAUUGAGGCAGAUCCAGCACUUUCAGAAGCAUAUAUGCGCCGUGCAUCUCUUUUACGUCAGCUAUGCCGAUACGAGGAAUCGGAGAAAAGCUACAAAAAGUUUCUAGAACUAAAACCCAGAAAUUCUGUUGCUGAAAAGGAACUAUCUCAGUUACAUCAGGCUCAAAGUGCUUUGGAAACAGCUUUCAGUUUAUUUGAGUCCAAGGAUUAUACAAAAGCUUUGGAUUAUGUGGAUAAAGUUGUACUCGUUUUUUCUCCAGCAUGCUCGAAGGCUAAGAUGCUAAAGUUGAAACUGCUUUUAGCGGCUAAAGACUAUUCUAGUGUUAUUUCCGAAUCCGGGUUUAUUCUCAAGGAAGAUGAGAACAAUCUUGAGGCCUUACUCCUCCGUGGUCAUGCUUAUUACUAUUUAGCAGAUCAUGAUGUUGCCCAAAGGCAUUACCAGAAAGGUCUUCGCCUCGAUCCAGAGCACGGUGAACUGAAGAAAGCAUAUUUUAGAUUGAAAAAUUUAUUGAAGAAGACUAAAAGUGCAGAAGAUAAUGCAAACAAGGGUAAGCUGCGCGUUGCCGUUGAGGACUACAAAGGAGCACUUGCAUUGGACCCAAAUCAUCUCGCUCAUAACGUGCAUCUUCACCUUGGAUUAUGUAAGGUCUUGGUUAGGCUCGGAAGAGGGAAGGAUGCUUUAAGUAGUUGCUCUGAGGCGCUUAACAUUGAUAAGGAACUUCUCGAAGCUUUAGUACAGAGGGGUGAAGCUAAACUUUUAACAGAGGACUGGGAAGGUGCCGUUGAAGACCUAAAAUCGGCAGCUGAGAAAUCACCUCAGGAUAUGAAUAUCCGUGAGGCGCUUAUGAGGGCUGAGAAAGCUUUAAAGAUGAGCAAACGCAAAGACUGGUACAAAAUUCUCGGUGUUUCAAAGACUGCUUCGGUAGCUGAAAUAAAACGUGCGUACAAGAAACUCGCUUUACAAUGGCACCCUGAUAAGAAUGUUGAUAAUAGAGAAGAAGCUGAGGCACAAUUUCGAGAAAUCGCUGCUGCGUACGAGGUUCUUGGAGACGAGGAAAAAAGAACAAGGUAUGAUAGAGGAGAAGAUAUUGAAGACAUAGGUAUGGGAGGUGGUGGUUUCAAUCCGUUUGGCGGUGGUGGUGGAGGACAACAUUUCACAUUUACGUUUGAUGGCGGGUUUCCCGGUGGCUUUGGAGGAGGAUUUCCAGGUGGUGGUGGUGGUGGUUUCGGUUUCAACUUUUGAUACCUUCGGGAAUCGGUUAUAAGAGCACAUUUUUCGCUCGUUCUUGAGCCGUAAACAUCAAUAUGACUAGAAGACUGACAAUCUUUCAGCAAGUAUGUAACUUUAUACCACUACAAUUGGUUUCUUAGAUGAACAAUUUAUGCCCUUUCACAAAGUUUUGCUCCAUUUCAUUUCAUUUGAUUUUAAAGCUUGUAUAAGUUGUUGAUAGGAAAUUGAAAUGCCUUCAUUUAGCUA